CAGUCGACCAUCUUGUCAAUAUAAUAGAUCAUCUUCGGCGAGAGAAAACUGCUAUAGACUCCUUUUUUUUUUGUCUUCAUAGCCACAUUAAAACGUAACGGACUGUCGGAAUUAGGAAGGUAGAAGAUUUACUACCCUAUAUUUCCCCUCCGUAAAUAAUCAAACAAUGAGGCAUUCAUAUCUCCCAUGUCUGUUAUAUGGCAAAACGUUUUGAUCAAUGUGUCUGCACGAAAAAUUAAAUGACCGAUUUAUAUAAUCAGAAAUAAAUGAAACGCACUCCAGGUUUUACUAAGUGGAUAUUACGUUCCUUUUAACGAAAGAGAGCAGGUUUUCGUGAGGACUUUUUGUUAUUUCAUUUUUUUAAAUGACAUUUACAGAUUUAAUGUAAAAAGGUUGCUGCAACAACAAAGACCAUGCAUUCAUAGGAGAGGAGGAUUGCUUGCUACCUUAAGGUGAUAGAGUGAGGCAGCGUGCAGCAUUUGUCCAGGCCAGCCCAGGCCCAGGGGUGUGACCAACCGAGCGGAUGCCCUAGACUGUGCGGCAGGGGCGGCAGGCUCAACCAUGACUCGGCUGAUGUUAGGCCGGACCCUGGAGCGCAUCUGCAAGGCUGUCCUGCUGCUCUGCCUGGUGCACUUUGUCAUCAUGAUGAUCCUCUACUUCGACGUCUACAGCCAGCGCUUCGACCAGAUCUUCAGCCGCUUCAACAACGGCCGCAACGCCAGCCGCAGCGGACACCACUACUACUACAACCUCAGCCGGCCCAACGCCACCUUCGCCAACUACCUGGCCACUGCAGACCAGCUGCUGCCCAGCGCACGACCUGAGGGAAAUCACACGCCACCAACUACCAAACCUAUACCACCAUGCCCGGAGAUACCACCUGGUCUGGUGGGCCGCCUCCUCAUCGAGUUUGCCUCCCAGAUGACAAUGGAACGAGUGCAGAAGGAGAACCCAAACGUGACGGAGGGGGGCAAGUACACCCCACCGGACUGCCGUGCCAAACAGAAGGUGGCUAUCAUUAUCCCGUUCAGACACAGAGACAACCACCUCAAGUACUGGUUGCACUACCUGCACCCCAUCCUACGACGGCAGAAGAUCGACUACGCCAUCUAUAUCAUCACCCAGCUUGGCGAGGACACCUUCAACAGAGCCAAGCUCCUGAAUGUGGGCUACACCGAGGCCCUGAAGGAUGCAGAGUAUGACUGCUUCAUCUUCAGCGACGUGGACCUCAUCCCUAUGGACGACCGUAACCUCUACCACUGUUACGACCAGCCACGACACUUUGCCAUCGCUAUGGACAAGUUUGGCUUCAGGCUUCCUUAUGCGGGGUACUUUGGCGGGGUUUCCGGGCUGAGCAAAAAACAGUUUCUCAAGAUCAAUGGCUUCCCCAACGAGUACUGGGGCUGGGGAGGAGAAGAUGACGACAUCUAUAACAGGAUCACCCUCAACGGGAUGAAGGUGGUUCGACCGGACGUCCGGAUCGGCCGCUACAGGAUGAUCAAACACGAAAGAGACAAGCACAAUGAACCCAACCCACAAAGAUUCAACAAGAUCCAGAACACCAAGAACACAAUGAAGAGAGACGGGAUCAGCACGUUAACAUACCGCGUGCUCCAGUUUAAGAAGUACCCUCUCUACACCAACAUCUCUGUGGAGAUCGGCAAGCCCCCGCCCCGGCCUUUCAGGGGCUAGACAGAUAGAGAGCCCUGGCCUUGACAUGGAGAGGGAAGGAUGGAGGAGGAGGAAGGGAGAUGGGGGAGAGAACUAUAAUACACAGCAGAGAGCCUUCAUCUCCUCCUCUACCUCCCUCAGCCUGACUCAGAUACCCCCCACCGACCUGCGCUAGGAGUCUGCCCUGGCCUCUCACAGCUCAGUCUGUGUGGGGAUACUGGUACACACUCGUUGCCCUCCCACCCUGCUAACGGCUCAACGGUUACGGCAGGCCUACAACAUGGCUGGGACCCUGACUGACUGACUAGCUCUCAGGAAUAGAUGAGAACAGAGGAUAUAUCAGAUUCGAUUCAGAUUCAUUCCCCUGGCGACAGUGCUGCUCUGGAAAUGCACACACUGUACAUGAAACAACGGGGAUUCAAGAGGAGUCAUAUUAUAUUGGGUUGUUGAUAUGCGGGGGGUUGGGUUUAGGAUUCUGAGCAGAACCAAGAAGAACUGCCCUGAUCUCUCUGUGAGAAUCUGUCAAUCAGACCACUAUAUCGGCGCAAAAUGAAUGUGUACUGUCUGUGCCUGCAUCCAAUGCAGGCUUUCCCCAUUUCCCAUGACGUUGACAAACGGUGCUGGAGCAGAGCAACAAUGUGCACCAACACUUUUUAUUAAGACAAAGAAGACUUUCUGUGGAGAACAUCAAGGUUGAGUGAAUAAAGACCUCCUGGUAGUGGAUGGAUAUGGCUAUUCAAGGAACUAGUUUUGACCUGUUUGUGGAGGAGAAAGGUCCAGCAAAUAGAAGAGAAGAUGGACUUCUGGCAUGGUUCUGACAGGUGAUUAUUAGAGACUAUUUUGUUGACGUGUUCUCGCGCACAGAGAAGGUUACGUUAGGUCCUGAUGAAAGUGUAAACGUUUGCUGUAUGACAAUGUGUCCCAGACAGUUUUAGAAGAGGAUCAUCUAUUGCUCAAAUACAAUACUUUUUGCUCCACUUUUUUCUUUAAUUUCUAUUUCAAAAUGCCAUCCACGUUUUUGGAAAAGAAAAUGAUAACCUAGUGGUUUAAAUUGUGAAUACUGUAAGGACGGUCUAGUAUGGUGAAUAUUUGCAUUGUAGCAUUCAUUUCAUCCAUUCAAAGUCAGAGGCACUGAAGCACUGAGGUGAUAAGAACAGAACUGAAGUUGGUUAUUUAUUGAGUCCCCAUCGAAUAAAUGGAAAACCAGCCCACAUAUAGUAAAAAAUAUAUAAAAUAUAUAAUUCGCUAUUAACACCACCAGUAUAUAAAAGCCUUUUAGCUUUUUCUUCUCUCAUUUUCAUCUCCUUUUCCUUUGUGUACUGCCUAAACACCAAAUUGAUGCCUUCAGAAUUGUUAUGAGGGGCAAUGAUAAGGAAUGCUGCAUUCUGUUGUGUGAAGUGAUGUGGAAAUCUCUCUUUUGUACUAUCAAUGGUUUUCUUGGCCUGGCUUGAGACAGUGAGUAUUUAGAGAUGCCCCAACCAGCCCGUUUCCCCUCUGUUUAUUUUAAAGAGCCUUUUCAAGUGCAUUGAGUGCAUUUCCCUUCUUUUUUUUCUUUUUUUACAACACCCUCCAUUUCCUUUCAUUUCACUCCCUGGCUCUACCAUCCCUCGCUCUGUGUGUGUCUGUGUGAACACCACAGUGUGUUUCUGUACUUGACCAUCUGAUGAAUACACAGACAGCUGUGUCUGAAGCACACAGCUCCUCUAUAGAAAUAUCUGGAGGACUUCAAAAAUCAUUACUCUUCUCUCUCUCUAUCUCAUUCUGCUGCCUUUUCAUUUUUGAGUGCACUACUACUGGUGUGAGAGCACCUCGCAAAGAGAAUACUCUACUCCUCAUUCUACACUGGAGACCAAUGUACUUUUACGCUACUGUAUUCUGGAUGUCAUUACUUCUGUCAAAUGGGUGAAUGCUGUGUAUGUACUGCUUUCUGAUGGCUGUGGACCAUAGGAGUUUGACAUAUUACUGCCUAUGGUCCCAGUACAGUAUAAUUCAUCAUCCUGCCAAGCUCCUGCUUUUAUGUUCCAUGUUGAGGGAAUCAUUUUCCUAAAGGCUAAAUAUACUACUUGGCACUGUGGGAAGAAGCUUUUAUAUAUAGCUAGCAUCAUUACCUAAAAUCUGCUUAGCAGAAGGAGCUUACUACUGAUGCAGUAGCACACAACCCUGAAAAUAUUUGGUACUGAAGUUUUAGUCAAUGGUUUCAUUAAAUUAAAUGCUUUGAUAAAAACAAUGUGAUUGUCAAAUUGGCUGGUUAGGUCUACAGACUAGGCUUUUUAUCAGAACUCCAGUCAAAGAUCUUACUGUACAAUUGGUGGAUAUUUGGUUUACUGUAGACUACAGGAUGUGAUUUCUGUACAUAUCAGACUUGUAUCAGACAUCAAGUGCUAGCUAUCAUGUAUUACAGGUGCAUGAACAGGCAUUACCAUAUCAUGUGUGUUGUGAACAAAGAAAACGUCCAAUAGAACUCAGUCUGUUCUGUUGACUUGAUAUCUAUAUGGAGAUCAUUCCCAAGUAUGCUAGUACAGGAAUAAUCCAUCCUAUUGGUACUAUUAUAUCCAUUUAGUCACAAAUCAUAUUGGUAUAUCAAUCGUAUUAUCUUGUUUGGCCUAUUGGCUAUAUUCUGCCCCACUACCCCACUUAUAGUGAUUCUGGUGUCACAUUGUAGGUACUGUAUAAUACAGAUUUGAUAUGAUGUUAUUGACAGGGGGACCUUUCAGCACAAGCUUAGAGGCAUCCUGCCCAGGACUGUGUCUCUCCCACGCAGCUCGCCAGCUAUAAACCAGUGAUAAAGCACCGCUCCUCGUUUGCAUCCCAAAUGGCACCCUAUUCCCUAUCUAGUGCACUACUUUUGACCAGGGCCCUUAUAGGAAAGUGGGUGCCAUAUGGGAUGCAUCCGUCUGCACCCUCCCCCCCCACAGUCAACUAUUAUGUGUUCAAUUUUGUCCUAGAAAUUGAUAAUUGCUGGGCAUCAGCUUUCUUCAUUGACCAUGUGUUUGAUGCAUCCUUGAAUAAGAAAAGCAGACAGGUGGCAUACUAAGGUACUGUCCACCCUUUGGAGUGUGUCUGAAUUUCUCUUCAUCCAUCUGUUGGCAGACACUGCAUGGCUUCCCCCUUCUUUCUUAUAUGUUUCAACCUAAUGCCCAUUAAGCAAUAUUUUCCCUCACUGUCAGAGCAGUCAUUUCAAGGAAGUGGUGGGUAACUGAAAGAGAAACAGGAUAGGAUGAGGGCAUUGGAGAACAUCACCUACUGACUGCCUCGGGCCUUAAAGCUGGAGUGCAUUUUUAAAGAUGUACUGUAUCUAGGUUUUGUACAUUGAAUGUUGAAAAUGUUAUAUCUUAUAUAGAAUGCAUAAUGUUAUAUCAAACCAACCUUUUCUAUACAAUCAAUAAAUCUAAUGGUAAA